AUGGCGCAUCAAGACUUGCUAACGACUGAUUCUUUUCUUGCUGCAGCAGAGCGUGCUCUUGAUGCAAAUUCUGCAUCUGAAGCAUUGAAGCAGUUUUUACCUGACCCACCAUCCAAGGAUGUUGACGAUGCGGUUCUAGGGCCACAAAGCACAGGACGAACCGCAGAGCUAUUCUCUCAAAGUACGCCCCCCCUCGUUCCACUGGUCUGCUUUGCAGCCGAAAUUCGUGGACUAAAUUCCCAGAUUGAUGCUGCUUCUGUUAUAUCACCUCUUCGAGAAGUUUUGAGUCACCCAGAUCUGCAUUCAAAUCUGUUGCAUAUGCCACGUCUUGUUUCUCAACUCGCCCAUGCUGUAGCGGAAAAAGCAUCGCUAUUUCCGGGAUUGUGUGCCACUGACAUUCUAGAACAACUCUAUAAGGUGCUUUCACACGAAUACCAAGGAGUCACUAAUGUCCAUGCUCCUUUACUAUCAGAGCUCAUUCGAACGUCUCAGAUCCAAAAGGCGGAGCAUGUGUGUCGGGGCACAGAUAUAACAAAAAGUGACUUCACGUUGUAUCUUCCACAAGCUCUCGGUUUUCUCGAGUAUUUGUACUUGGCAGGGAUGAUUUAUUUGCAAAUUGGUGCUUAUGAUGAAGCUCUCCAUAUGUGGGAGACCGCUGUAUCGCUUCCACUAGAGCCAGUACAAGCCCACCAAUGUGCUUCUUUGAAACGUGCCAUUCUUUUGCGCUUGUUACGUGACGGCUCUAUUCCGUCUGCGGAAACAUUCUUUCCAUUCUUAGAUGCAGUGGCGUGUUCUAAUUACAAGCGUGAAUGCAAUGUAUAUUUUGAAUUUGCUCAAGCUUAUGGUGCCUAUGUAUUAGACAGUCAAAAUUUACUAUGUGACUUGGUCGAAAAUUCCAAGCUCGGAUUCGAAGGCGAUAAUACACUCGGUUUAGUCGAACAGUGCCUCCAAGCUCGUCCAAAGCACGCUAUUUGUUCUUUGGCCCGUGUCUACAAAACAUUUCCCUUAAGUCACCUAACAGUAUUCCUAGGACUCGAGUCGCAUGAGGCUACGUUCUAUCAUUUGCAGGAGCUUUCUGCAGAUGAGACGAUACAAUAUGAGGUCACAGAAUGGGACUUGCCAAAUCAUCUUCAUUCGAUUCCUGUGCCGGACGGUGUGCUUUCCAUGGAUGCUGGUCGAGAACUUGUGCAUUUUACCCAACCAACAUCCAAUGCACAAGCCUUCCACCAAUCCCUAGCUUUAGCCUUGGUAUCUGAGACGAGAUCUUCUACGCUGCUGAAAAAUGAUCUAACGAACAUUGUGCUAUCACAAGAUGUUAUGUCACGAAUACUUUCGUUCAGUGGAGGAACCACGUUUGCUACAGAUAAUCGUGAAGACGAUCUAAUGGCGGACACAUAG